AUAAAAAAUGAGAUGUUAUAAAUUCUACCCAAAGAGCGCGUGCGUGAGGAGGCCGACAGGGGGCGUCGCUUCUCCAACCCCCUGAACGCCUCCAGCCACGCCUCCCUCUUUCUCCCUCUCUGAGUUGUGAGAGGGGGUGUCGGGGAAUCUCCUGCAAACAAACUCGCGUUCAAAAAACAGAGCCGAUAUAUUACAUCACAGGGCUGCGCGUGUAUAUAUCAGAGGCGCGCGCGUGAGAGAGAGGCAUUCCCAGAGGUUUGGCUCGCGGCGAGAAGGACACGCAGAUGCAUCGCGCGCGGGACUUUCAAGCGUGAUGCUGCGAAUGCAUUUAACAGCCUUGGUGAAAACCAGCAGCUCUGGGCAAGACGCGGAGACCUUAAGACACCGAGUUUUGACGCACAUGUGAAAUAUAAGCGAUAUGGACGGUGUCUGAGCGCUCGAAACUCUCACGCGCAUCGGAUUUGCUUUGGAUAAAGUUCUCAUCUCUGUCUGGAGAUUUUCACUUCGAGUGUCUUUCGAACACUUUCCCGCAUCAUCAUGGAUCUCCAGCAGUGUUUGGUGUCCGUGUACCUGCUGCUGGUGUCUUUCGCUCAGUGUCAGCACUAUUAUCUCCUCAGACCCAUCCCGAGUGACACUUUACCCCUGCUGGAGCUGAAGGAGGAUCCCGACCCCAUCUACGACCCGCGGGAGAAGGAUCUAAACGAGACCGAGCUGAGAAGCGUGCUCGGAGACUUUGACAGCCGCUUUCUCUCCAUCAGCCCUCCUCAGGACCGCUACACGGGCAACGAGGACCUGGACGAGCUGGAUCUCCAGCAGAACCCCGCCGGACUGAUGCCCAAAGACAUCAAGAACCUGGACUUUGACGUGCAGUGGGGCAAAAAGCGCAAAGCCAGUAAGAAGCUGAAGCGCAGGCUGCAGAUGUGGCUGUGGUCCUACUCCUUCUGCCCGGUGCUGUACGCGUGGAACGACCUGGGCUCGCGCUUCUGGCCGCGGUUCGUCCGCGCGGGGAGCUGCUACAGCAAGCGCUCGUGUUCGGUUCCCGAGGGGAUGGUGUGCAAACCGGCCAAAUCCACGCACAUCACGCUCCUGCGGUGGAGAUGCGUUCAGAGGAGAGGCGCGCUCAAGUGCGCGUGGAUACCGGUGCAGUAUCCCAUCAUAACUGAGUGCAAAUGCUCGUGCGCCAACUGACCGAUCGCUAAUGGACAUCAUUCAUAAAGACUUUUAUCUGAAAUAUGUUUCUGGACUCUCAUCUGAAACAUAUUUAAGGACAUAAGCUGAGCUGAUACAUAUUGCUGGACUUAAAUUAUGGAAAACUGCUCUGAUAAUUAUUAAUGUACAAAAUUUAAUCUGAUAUGUUUUUCUGGAUUUCAGUUUUUAAAACUCUGCUCUGAUACAUAUUUCUUGAGAAACAAAACAUUAUAGAAAAUCGAAUCUGAUUCAUGUUUCUGGACUUAAGUUAUGAAAAAAUGCUUUAUUUUGUAUUUUGGUAACACUUUAUAUUAACUUUAAGACAUUAACGAACAAUGCUGAACUGAUCAAAGUCAUAUAUAUAUAUAUAUAUAUAUAUAUAUAUAUGGUGUCACAUGUAAAUAUAUAGUAACAUUUGAGCAAUAGUUUGAAUGUACACUGUAAAAAAGUUAAAAAAAGUAAGUUGCCUUAAAAUUUUGAGUUCAUUGAAAUUAAAAGUUUGAGUUAAUACAAUGAAGGCGAUUGGUUUAAUCAACAGAAACUC